CGGCCCGCGCAGCGCCCUCAGCGCCUUCCCCGCUCCGCAUCCCCCGCGGCGCCGCGCUCCGCUCCGCGCACGGGCAGCGAGACAGCGAGSGAGGCCUCCCUUCCCGGAGAGGCGGCAGCGCUGAUGCGGGAGUGGGCUGCAUGCCCAAGGAAAGGAGGUUUUUGGUGUUUGCUGUCUCGAGGACGCCAUCAGGCCGCCUUGGACUCGUCUGGAGUAAAGCUGUUGUCCAGGUUUGUCGUCUUGGUCAUCCUCCCGAAGAAAAGGAGCUCUCGGUGCUCCAAGUUGAUGGACUAAGAACAUGGAAUAUAAUCUGGAUGCGGKUGCUUGAACAUCAUUUAUUCCAAAGCUUAGAUUCUUCACAUUGGUGGCCUGAAUGAUUGAUUGAUAAGCAACGUACGCAAGRACAAUACUAAGAAAACAUUCUGUCUAUUGCUGCUGUCUUUAAUGAAACUGGUGCAGAGUUGCUUCUUCUGAAAUGCAGUUGAAAAAAAUGAGGGAAAUUUUACCAAGAUUGUACCCUGGCCAAAUUAAUGAUAAAAAUAAUUCCUUGACUACAUCCCCAAAGCAAUCUUCUGAUGAUAAAACAAAUCCACCAAAAGGGGCAGAUGACCAGAACUGCUGUUACCAAGGAACUGAGGCUGAGAACAAUAGGUUGACACUGAUAAGCUGUAUAAAAUGCAGAAGUGUUCAGAAAAUUUCAAUGCAAGAUAUAGAAAAGCGUAAGAAGCUUGAGUGGACUGAAGACAAAAAUUUCAUCUGCAAGAAGUGUAGUCAUAYUGAGCUGCCAGCUUUUGAUUUUGUUCCUGAGGGUGCCAAUGCUGCAGACUUUGAAAAACAUGAAAGAAAAACCCCAAGUAAAACUCAGAAAACCUUUAAAGUAAAAAAUUUUCUGCCAGGUAAAUACUACUGUGAUAAAUGCAGAUUUUCAACAAAGGAUCCUUUACAGUAUAAAAAGCACAUAGGGCAACAUGAAGAAAUUAAGUUUCUUUGUUCCCACUGUAAUUGUGUAUCCUACACCAAAGGAGAAUUCCAGARACAUUUGGUGAAACACACUGGAACUUUUCCGUUUCAGUGUGAAUACUGUGAAUAUGGUGCUGUUAGACAUGACUAUAUAGUUAAACAUACGAGAAGAGUACAUGAAACGCCCAGAAAACGGCUGUCAAAUGCUUUCAUAAACCACAAGCAAAAGAAGCAGAGUCAAAGCACUUUAUGUAAAAAGCAGAAAUACAAUAAAAUUUCUUUUCAGAAUGAACUUUCAAAUUUGUCUUCAAAUAUGGUUUGUGAGAUUCCAAGUAAAACAGCUAAAACAAUCUGCUCAUCUCAAAAUGUAGAAUGUAGCAUAAACACAGCAUCAGUCCAGGAUAAGACUAUAUUGGAGCCAUCUGAAAUGAGUGUAUGUGAGAAUCAAAGUGUGGAGGUUGAGGUUUAUUCUCCAAAAACAGAGCCUUUGCAACCUGGGAUGCCUUUAACAGUAAUUGCACCAUCUGAACUUGUAGUUCCUUCUAACUGUUUAGCUCAAAUAGUAGAGCUUAAAAUAGUGAAUGGAGCACAACAGCUAGUUCUUAAACUAAUUCCUAUGAAAGAAGCAAAUUACAAAUCUGUAAACUGUGCUGAAGAGGAACUUGAGAAUCAAGGUAUAGAACAAUCUGCAGAAGGAAGAAAAACAUCUUCUAUGUCUCAAAAUGAGUUACUAACCAUGGAAGUGAAUGUAAACAAAUUAUCCAAUGUUAGUAACCAGCUUGAUCUGGAUAGUACAUAUGACAAGAAUUCUGAAUAUUUUUCUUCUUCUGAUUCUCAACUAUCUGACUGUAGCUCUGUAUCUAUACAAAGGGAAGAUACAUCAAAAUUUUGCUUUCAUUUGGUGAAAGGUAUUGAUGUCCAUUCAGGUGUUCUAGAACUUAGUUCUCCAUCUCUGGUGACGAACAGUACUGAAAAAAAAAGUGAUCUUAAAUCCUCAAGAGGGCAAGUAGAUGGAAAAAGUAACUUACAUUGUGAUGUGUAUUGUUAUGAAGAAACUGAGGAUAUAUACCGUCCAAAAUAUGGUUCUGUUUCUGAAGGUAAAACUUCCAAGAACAUUUCAGCAGAAGCAGCUCAGGAGGGCGAAAGUUCUUCUCCAGACCAUAAAGAAAAGAAUACAUUGUCUGUGAAGAAGGUUUACAAGGAAUGUAAGAGUCUGCUGGUCAGCUCUACUGAAGCACAUUUAGCUGGAAAGGAUUUUGAUAAAAGAUCUGCURCAUCUUCUGAGGCAGGAAAAAACUUCCAUGUUACUGAUAGUCCACCUUGUGAGGAUAUAAAUUUUGACUUUAGCAAAGUGAAGAGAGCUAAAACCAUAAGUCAAAAGAAUGGUCAUCUUCUGGAAUCACUAGAAUUACAGAAGAAGGAAAAGAAAGGUAAUUCUUUUGAAGGACCUGUUAUUUCGUCUGUAUUUUCUCUUAGCUCUGGGGCUGAAAAUGUUCCAGAGGAUGUCAGAUGGGAUGACACAACACGCAGGAAGAGAUCAGCWACAUUGCUGUGCAGAAAGAUUGCUCAGCUCAUGUCUGCUGCUGAACCUAACAUGAAAUCUGUGCCCUUGAGAUGUCAAGCUUCCAGUAAAAAGUUGCCUUUGCCUCAGGAAAGUUCAAGCUGCGAGAGAGUUUGUGCCACUGAAGUGGAACAACCUGCAUCUUUGUCUCAAGUGCAUGGUGAAAGAAGUGUGAUUAGCAGUGAAGAACACAGUGAAGAUCAGCUUUUUACAUUUUCAAGAACUUCUAAAAACAGAGUAACUAAAAACUCCCAUGUUGCUACUCCAAUGUUUAUCCCYAAAGGGACAAUGCUGAGAGUGCUGAAUGCUAAUAGCAGUCAAAACUCAUAUGGAGUAGAGAACAGAGGUGAAACUUCAGCUCCCGUGCAUUGCAAUGAAAUGUUUCUGCCUCGCCCAGUCCCCGUCAGUGUUUCUGAGACACUCAGCAGUAAUUUCCAAGCUUUGCCUAAUCAGAGUGAGCCAAAUGCUGAGUCCAGAACUAUAUCACUCAGGCAAAGACCAAAGCGRGAGGCAAGUGUUAAAAAUAACAACAAGCAAACUGGUGUACCAUUUCAGAAAAGCAGUGAUGUGAGCAAGCAAAGCAAGUCCUAUUCAAAAAGUCAACUAGGUCAUAAAAAUAAGGCAAAACAAGCAAGCUUCAGAGAACUUCCUAAGAGGAAAACAAGAGCUCAGUCGGAAACCAGUUCAAGUUCUGAUACGUCAUACCUGUUGACAGCAAGACGGCUUCGACUUGUUCCUCUGAAAAUGAAUCAGUUGAUAAAAUGCCCUCGUCGUAACCAGCCAGUUGUGGUACURAACCAUCCUGAUGUUGAUUCACCAGAGAUCAUUAAUGUCAUGAAGACUAUCAACAAGUAUAAAGGUCAAGUCCUGAAAGUAGUUCUGUCAGAAAGGACAAGUAGUUGUCUUGGUGUCAGACGUUACCGAAAGCGUCUUACUCUUCAGAAUGUUGAGACAGGAAACCAAUCAAAAAAGCAGAGUAUGCUAAAAAUGAAGCUGAAAAAGACCCAUAAAAAUAACUACCAAGUGGUGGAAACUUCACCAGCUGAAGCACUUCAGUGUCUGUUUAGGUGUUGGUUUUGUGGACGAGUAUAUAUGGACCAAGAAGAAUGGAUAAGUCAUGGACAGAGACACUUAACAGAGGCAACCAAGGGUUGGGAUGUUCUUUCUCUUCAAGCAAAAAAACAUUAAGUGAGAGACUAGGGGAGGUUUCCCCUCUUGCUUUUAAUGAGUGCCACUAACUUGCUUGAAACGGAGGAUUGAAAUAACUGCUUUAUUUUGCCAAAAGUCCUCUACUGUUAGCAAAGUGAAGAAGAGAGUAGAGGUACAGAGAGGUAGAGAAGCUGAUAGUGAGGUUUAAGCACUACUUUGCACUCUUGUGUUUGACAUUUAUAGUGGAGGUCAGCUUCAUCUGUUCCAUAGAAAAAAUUUGAAGAAGAUUUGCUAUGCAAACAUCUUUCUGGUUACCCUAGGAUACUGUGCUGUAUGUGGUUUGUGCUAGGUCUGUAUGGAUUAAAGUCUUAGAUGAUGAUAUCUUUGUAAAUUUAAGAGGAUUUAGUUUGCUUUAUUACAGCAUGAUGUUUCAGAGAUUGAGCACAUCUGUACUGAAAAGCACCUUUGGUCCUCUGUGGACAGCAAGUGAGCGUCAUAGGUUUUAGUGGCAAAUUAAGCACUACGCAUAAAAAGAAAAAWUUAAAUGCAAGUGCUCUGUUUCAGUGAACUAAAAACACUUCUGCUGACUUCAGAGGAGAUACAAGGGUGUAAAUAAAAAAAUCUAUGGAAUCAGUUACUCCCACUAGAUCAGGUAGCACCAAAAAAUUCAAUUUUGCUUAGUACUUAGUCUUUACCUAGACUGUAUUGUGUAGGUGUGAGGGAGCAGAACACUGUCAGGAUUUGAUCAAGCCAGAGAUGCGAUUAGGUUUGGGGCGACAGUGAAAAGCAUUUCUCUGUAUGGCCUCAAGGCUGCUCUGAAAUWGUAUUAGCCAAACAUAAACCCUCUAACACCUUGUGUGCGAUAAAGCAUUUAUAGAACUCAGUAUUUGGUUAGAACUCUAGUUGGUGAGCUUAUUUACAGGGGAACUUGCUGAAGAUGAAGACUUUUCAAAAUGAAAAGCCAUUUGCACAGCUUUUACAUUGACAGUAUUGAACCAGAUUUUCAGUGCAAUCUUUCAUCAUGCUUAACAAUUUAGAUGUUACAAUUUAUUUUUUAUAGGCCUCAAAUUCAAAAGCAUGUGCCUAGUUCCAAAUUAUGUCUUAUGUGUACUGACUUCAGUGCAGUGUAAACAUUGUUCAGUUGCUUAAACACUUCUCUAAAUCAGGGCCAAAUUACAGUUUUUUAGUAACAAAAAGGAAUGGAUGACACUGAAGUUACUGUUUCUGUGUGUGAGCUAUGGAUGUUUCUCUUCAUCUUGUCAUUUUUAAAUCAUUUUAGAAUCAUGUAGAAUGAAGUAUAUUGAAGCACAUACAAUUAAAAUAAUGUGUUACAGUUUUAGAAAUAUGAAAAUCAAUACUGACUCUAAUGCUGGAUGUGUGUUCUGUGUUUUAACUGGGACUUCUCUGGUAAACUGGUAGUCCCUAACUUUUCACUGAUGGUGCAUUUUUGUAAACAGUCUAGCUGGGAAUAUUUUUUUUAUAUACUCCAGCAGAUUAUACAUUGUUUUGAUAAAGUAUUUAUCACAUCUACAUUGAAAUGUAAAUAUUUUUAAACUACAUCUGACUGAGGUUUAUUUUCAAAACCACUUAUUGCUUUCCCAUAAUUUUGCAAUACAGUGUUAAAAUCCUUCUGAUAGUUGGUGCUUUAAGUCAGAUCCUUUUCAUCCUGUACACAUGGAAAAUUUUUCUAUCAUUUGUAUCAGACUAACCUAUUCCACAGAACAAACUUUGUUUUGCCUGUUUUGUCAAUAAUAAGGAAAAGACAGUUCUCAUUUUAUAUUCAAAUGGAAUUAUAUUUUUUUAGAUGGGUACACUAGAGGGUUUUUUUCACUUCAUAUACUUUGAUGCCAAACCUAAYAGUGCUAUUUGCAUUUUCAACMGUGAAAAUAGUUUCCAUUUUAAAAUUCUGGCAUAUCAUGUACAAUAAAUGCUGAAAUGGUUAACACAAAAAACCCCAUGGUUAGCAUUCCUCCUUUGUUUUAAUUCCUUCAGUCCAGGUUACUGAUUGAAUUAAUUUUGUUUCUGUAGAAGCUACUAAAUAAAUAGUUUUGAAUUUACUUUGUAGGAGUUGUCACUGGCAAAAUCAGAACUUUGCUCAUGAAAGCUGUACUGGGGGGAUGGGAGAACUGUUGCUACUCAACUUUAUAAACUCUUGGUGGUUUAAAUAUACUGGUAAUCCUUGACUUCUCUAAGCAAGUUUACUGUUUACUUUAGUAAACAUCUGUAGAGCUCUGUAUGUCACUGCCAUAAUCUGUUAUCUGAAUUGUUAAGCCUUGGGGUCUUUAUGGUUUUGAAUGUAGACAUUUUUUUUGUUUCAAUAUGAAAAGUUUUGUAAGUUAAAUUGCAUUGUCCUUAUGAAAUUCUCAAAGCAGAUUAUGUCAUGCUUUUUUAUGAGCUCUGCUAAACUAUUUUAGCAGCUUCUGUUUUGUUCCUUUUAUUCUUACUACAUAAAAUUAUGUCAGAAUAACUUCCUUCAAGUUUAGCAGUCCUAUCAGUUUGAGAGAAAUUAUUUACARUGGAUGUUUUCUUCCAUUUUGAUGCAGUGUUGAGAAAUUAAAAGGUUGGAAGAAAAUGGCAAUCAACUGCUAAAUUUUUUCAGAGCUAGUUGUGGCAUUACAUAGUACGUCAUAAAUUGGGCUGGAAUGUUGUGGUUUUGGCUUGAGGGGUUUUAUUCUUGUUYCUAUUCUAUAAGGAUAAAGUAACUGAGGUUCCUUUUUUUUUGGUGUGUUGCAAAUUACCUAGUCAAACUUCUGAGCGUGGUUAGGAAGAUUAUUGAUGCUAUGCAAAAAAAUCGUUUCGUAUAUGUACGGAAUUUURGUUUGCCUUUAUAUACAUGCACAAUUUAGCUAGGCCUUCAAAAACUCAAAUUGUAUGAAUAAAUAUUUCAGUAUUUUUUUUCUUUCUGGAAAAAUAUCACAUUCUCAUAUUUUUGCUCAUAUGCACUGGAACAUGUUUUCUUGCUGAUUUUGAAGCACAUCUGCUCUUCUUACUAAUGAUUUCUAUGUCUAAAUUUGCACGUGGUAGGAAUUCAAAGUGAUGUUUGCAUAAUGGUCCUGUUGUGUAAGUGCUUGGAGUCUCAGGUAUGGAAUACAAGUACCUGCUAUUUAAGCUAAAGAAGAAGUGCUCAUUGWGUAAUAGAAUUUACAUAAUUACAACUAGUUUUAUAACCUGCAAUGCCUGUAAGCAUCAGCUGACAAAAACUUCUGUGGCGACUGAGCACAGCUUGGUGUUGAGCAAACAUAUGUACACCACAUGAAAUU